CAAAAUUGUUCUAUUAUAAAAAGACCCUUCUCAAGGAGAACAUCGUGUUGUUCGUGAUCCCUUACAAACGUACCCCAAUCAAAUCUAACCAUGUCUGGCCGUGGAAAGGGAGGAAAGGUAAAGGGAAAGGCAAAGUCCCGUUCCAACCGUGCCGGUCUUCAGUUCCCCGUUGGCCGUAUUCAUCGUCUCCUGCGCAAGGGUAACUAUGCCGAGCGCGUCGGUGCCGGAGCACCCGUGUAUCUGGCAGCCGUCAUGGAAUACUUGGCCGCUGAAGUGCUUGAGUUGGCCGGAAACGCUGCCCGUGACAACAAGAAGACGCGCAUCAUCCCGCGACAUCUGCAGCUGGCCAUCCGCAACGACGAGGAGUUGAACAAGCUGCUGUCCGGAGUAACCAUCGCUCAGGGUGGUGUGCUGCCCAACAUUCAGGCCGUGCUGCUGCCCAAGAAGACCGAAAAGAAGGCUUAAACGGUGUGACAAAGCUUCCUUCAUCUCAAACCCAAAACCGUCCUUUUCAGGGCGACAAAUUACUUUGCCAAAGACAUUUUAUUCGAUUUAUGCUGUUAUGGGAGAACCAGAAGGAAAAAAAAUCCAGAUAUAUCAAGAACCGUGCUUGAAACUGUGUACAAAAUGUAAAUGAAAAAAUGUGCCGUCCUUUGGCACAAAAAGCAUCCCUUAAUAUUUUCAAUUCUGUAACCUCUCACUACGAAUUCUACAAAAUGCAGCAUAUCAUAAGCGAUGCAUAAGAUUUUCCAGGUAGCUUGUUCAAGAGGGUUGGUUUUACCAUAUAAAUACAACCAGUGAUACCUGCGUGUUGACUUUUUUCUGAAAACAGUAAAGGACACUUUUACCUGAAUUAUCGUUAACCACGGGAAAAUGUUGAAAGGGUCGAUUGUCGAAAAAUGUUGUGCGUUUAGGUAGCCUUAAGUUCUUUGGCUUUCAAUAUAUCGGGAAACGUU